GCGGCAUUAAGUCUCAGUUUUGUUGUGCUUGUUGUUGCUUGUGAUAUCGUCGAACGGAGUUUACAAAUUGUUUUACAACCGAUUGGAAAUUGAAAUAGCGAAAUGGUUUUAUUAAAAUAUACGAAAAAUGUAUUGCCAAUUGUUCAACGAACUUUUAUGCAAAGGCAUUUUCAUACAAGCACAGUCAUUAACAGAUCACAGUCUGGAAAGUAUAAAGUUACGAUUAAUAGAGACAAGCCAUUGACAUAUGAAAUGGCAAAUCCACCUCAUUAUAUUGCUCAUAGAAAAUCCUGGAACGCAUGGAACACAUCGAAUAUUAAGGAUGGCAAUAGACCAGCUGAGACAGCCGUAGAAGAUAUGUUCAUUCGACAAUUCAUGAGAGGAACCUGGCACAAUUUAUUUGCGAGUGAAAUUAUUAUUAAGCGGCAGCAUAACAUUAUUAGGAUAAGUGGAAUUAUAACUCGUACUAUUGUACCUUAUAAGAUAUAUUUCUUAACUGGCUAUACGGAGGAACUCCUGAGUUACUGGCUGCAGUGCCCUAUUAAAGUGGAAUUGGUCACAACCAAUAGUAAACAAGAUGUAAUAUUUAAAUAUAUAUAAGAGCUUGAUAUAUGUAUAACAAAUUAGAUUUCACUUGUAUAAUAAUUUCCA